AUGAUUGACACAAACAGGACAGUGGUGCAGGAAUUUAUCCUGGAAGGAUUCCCUGCUGUCCAGCACCUGGGGAAAGUCCUCUUCCUGGCGCACCUGCUGGCCUACCUGGUCUCCAUCAUGGGAAACACUCUCAUCAUCACCAUCACCUGUAUUGACCAUCACCUCCAAACACCUAUGUAUUUCUUCCUGAGCAGUUUCUCCUUUUUAGAAUGCUGUUUUAUAACCACUGUAAUUCCUAAAUUACUGGUCAUCUUUCUAUCAGGGAGGCAAACAAUUUCCUUUGUUGCCUGCUUCAUGCAAGCCUUUGUCUUCCUUUUCCUGGGGGCAUCUGUCUUCUUCCUUAUGGCUGUAUUGUCCCUGGAUAGGUACCUGGCCAUCUGCAAGCCCUUGUAUUACCCAACCAUCAUGAACCCAAGGAUGUGUUUUCUCCUGGUCGCUGGCUGUGUAGCUUUGGGAUUCUUCCUCAUGAUGGUUCCAAUUAUAGUGCUUUCCCAGAUGUCCUUCUGUGGGCCCCAUAUCAUUCCUCAUUUCUUCUGUGACUUUGGUCCCCUCAUCCAUCUCUCCUGUUCUGACACCAGAUCUGUUGAAAUGAUGGCCCUUGUCCUUGCCUUGUGUGUCCUUUUGACAUCCCUCUGCAUAACCGUUAUUGCGUACAGCAAGAUAGUCAUCACAAUCAUGCAUCUCCCCUCAGCCAAGGAGCGACAGAAAGCUUUCUCCACCUGCUCUUCUCACCUCAUUGUCCUCUCUCUGAUGUAUGGCAGCUGCGUCUUUAUCUAUGUGAAACCAAAGCAAACAAACAGGGUGAACUUGAACAGGGAGGCUGCCCUUGUGAACACGGUGGUGACCCCGCUGCUGAACCCUGUCAUCUACACUCUCAGGAACAAGCAGGUCCACCAGGCUCUGAGGAACACUCUUUCUAGAGGGAGAUUGCAGAAGUAG